GGGCCAUCGACUUUGUUUCAUCUCUAUCACACAGCCCAUCAAAAAAAAAUCUUUUUCCGCAGCGAAAAACUAAUUUUCUCGCUCGCCCGUCGAUAUUUUUUUGUUAUUUUUUUGGAAAAUUGUCGGCCACAAUUGGAGGUAACCAAAGAAGGCGUGCGUGAAAGUCCAGGGCCGCGAGUUUUCACCGGAGAGCGAAGAGCGUGGAAAACUGCCGCCAGCACAUCCCGAUUCCCAAUUGGACCCGACCAGGUGAGGAGUGAGUUCCAAUAGGAGUACCGCAGCGCAAAGUUAACAACAAACAGCAAAAACAACAACAUGGCGCUGGACAGUGGGACGCAAACGAAUGCGCUGACAUCAUCCUUCACCACCAAGAAAAAGGAUGCGGCAGCGGAAAAGGAAAACUUAUGGUCAGCGAUAUUGAAUGAAGUACAAACACAGGGCAGCACAAAACUUCCAUCAAACAAAUCUGUACUAGUAUUAGGCGACAAUGCCACCGGAAAGACGACACUCAUUGCCAAACUGCAGGGCGUCGAGGAUCCGAAGAAGGGUUCAGGCCUGGAGUAUGCCUACAUUGAUGUCAAGGAUGAGUACAGAGACGACAUGACGCGUUUGGGCGUUUGGGUCCUGGACGGCGAUCCAGGGCACACAAACCUGCUACACUAUGCGCUCAACGAAACGAACUAUGCACACACACUCGUCAUCCUCACUGUCUCGAUGACGCAGCCGUGGGGCUGGCUGGAGCAGCUCAACCACUGGAUCAAGGUCCUGGGCCAGCACAUCGAGAGCCUGCAGCUGGACGCCAAAGAGAAGGAGGCGGCCCGCCAGCGACUGGCCACCACGUGGCAGAGCUACUGCGAGGUGGGCGACGACAUGGACCCGGGCUCUCCGGUCAAGCGGACCAUGCGCAACAACUCGAUCGACGAGGACGACCUGCUGCCGUUGACGGAGGACGCACUAAUUACAAAUCUGGGCCUCGACAUUGUUGUUGUGGUCACAAAG